AUGGCUGAUCUUUAUGACGCAUUAGCAAAUGCUAUUAACAGCCUAAACAAUAAGACAGAACAAGAUAGUUUAGAAAACAGCAAAGCCAGAAUUGCAAUAAUUGGCCGUCCAAAUGUUGGAAAAUCAACGUUUUUAAAUAGUUUACUUGCAGAAAAUAGAGUAAUAGCCAGCCCAGAACCUGGAACUACACGUGACUCUAUAGAUAUCUCCUAUAAUUAUAAUGGAGAGGUGAUCACCUUGAUUGAUACUGCUGGAAUUCGCAGAAAAACAGAUGAUUUAGAGUCAAAAUUUGUUGAAAAAAGCAUUGAUUCAAUCAAACGCUCUCAUAUCGUAGUUCUAAUGCUUGACUCCCUACUUGGCAUUGAGCAUCAGGAUUUAUCCAUUGCUGAAAUUGCAAUCAAAGAAGAUAAUGGCGCUAAUCCUAAUAUACAGUGUUUUGACAAAGCUCCACUGCUAGUAGCAUGUGAAGGUAAAGAUCAUAAGGCUAUGGAGCUGCUUUUAGAGCAUGGGGCUAAUCCUAAUAUACAGUGUUUUGGCAAAGCUCCACUGCUAGUAGCAUGUGAAGGUAAAGAUCAUAAGGCUAUGGAGCUACUUUUAAAGCAUGUGGCUAAUCCUAAUAUACAGUGUUUUGACAAAGCUCCACUGCUAGUAGCAUGUGAAGGUAAAGAUCAUAAGGCUAUGGAGCUGCUUUUAGAGCAUGGGGCUAAUCCUAAUAUACAGUGUUUUGGCAAAGCUCCACUGCUAGUAGCAUGUGAAGGUAAAGAUCAUAAGGCUAUGGAGCUACUUUUAAAGCAUGGGGCUGAUCUUAAGAUAAAGAAUCAUUCUGGUGAAACUCUACUGCUAAUAGCAUAUAGAAAGAAAGAUUAUGACAGUAUGAAGCUGCUUUUAGAGCAUAAGGCUAAUCCUAAUACAAUGUAUGAUCUUGAAAGGACUUUACUGCUCAAAGCAUUUGAAGAUCAAGAUCAUCAAGCUAUAGAGCUACUUUUAAAUAAUGGUGCUAACUCUAACGCAAAGGAUAAAGAAGAUAAAACAUCACUUCACUAUUUAUGUGAAUCACGGGAUGGUAAUAAUGAAAACAGUGUCAAGAUUGCAACAUUACUUCUCAGAAAAGGUGCUAGCCCAGAUUUAAAAGACAAUCGAGGCAAUAAACCAAUAGAUUAUAUUAGUAACAGCAACAGUGAAAUAGGAAAGUUUAUGGGUGCUAAAGACUAUUAUAAGAUAAUAAUGAAUGCGAGUUCCGGAACGAUGUGUUUAUUAGGCAGCACUUUAUUUGUAUCCUACACCAUAUUUACAUCUAACAAAAUAGUUAAAGUAAGUGCAGCUUUCAUAUCAAUAGGCUUUUGUGUUGCAGUAGCAUAUUCUGCCUAUCAUGCAACAAGUGAAUUACUAAAAAAACCUUCACCUGAAUUCAUUGAAGCCAGAGCUGAAUUUUUAAAUAGUAAGCAGCAACAACAGAAGGUCUGA